AUGAAACUCAGCAACAUGAUCGGUGUGCUAGGCGUGGCUGCUUUGGCAUUCUCGAGCAACACUGUGGAUGCGUCGACGGCAGCUGCGCAGACGUCGGGACACCUGCGCCAUCGAUACCACCGACAUGAUCACAGUCACAGAUAUGGCCGGCGGUCCGUCUACGAUGACGACGACGACAGUGACAGCUCCGGCGAUGGAAGGAGAGGUUAUAGCAAUCAGUAUGGCCGCAGGAACGACGACAUCGACACAGCGAAGCUGAACAACUACGGUUCACCUGCUAACAGCGGUGCGACUGCCAGUGCUGGUGCCAACGUCGGUAAUGGUGGAGCUGGUGUACCUGCCACUGCGGCAGCCACUGCAGGCACCCGUUCGAACGCAGGUCCCGGUGUAAACCGAGGAGUUGGAGCGAAUGCGGAGGCAAGCAGCAACGCUGCCAACGGGUACAGUACCGGCGGAGCUGUUCCGAAAGACGUGUACGCCCAGUAG